AUGGAUUUCAACCUGCUGCCGGACAGUGAGGCCCGCAGCCCGGCGCUGUCGCUCUCCGACUCCGGGACCCCGCAGCACGAGCCGGGAUGUAAAGGCCAGGACAACAGCGACACUGAGAAGACCCACCAGAACCAGCUGGACGAGUCCAGCGCCGAGGACAGCUCCCUGAAGAAGAAGCAGCGGCGGCAGAGGACUCACUUCACGAGCCAGCAGCUCCAGGAGCUGGAGGCCACCUUCCAGAGGAACCGCUACCCCGACAUGAGCACCAGGGAGGAGAUCGCCGUGUGGACCAACCUCACGGAGGCCCGGGUCAGGGUUUGGUUCAAGAACCGCCGCGCCAAGUGGAGAAAGCGGGAGAGGAACCAGCAGGCAGAGUUAUGCAAAAAUGGCUUCGGUGCCCAGUUCAAUGGACUCAUGCAGCCCUAUGACGACAUGUACACGGGCUACUCCUACAACAACUGGGCCACCAAGAGCUUAGCGAGCAGCCCGCUCUCCGCCAAGAGCUUCCCGUUCUUCAACUCCAUGAAUGUGAGCCCCCUGUCAUCCCAGCCCAUGUUCUCUCCCCCGAGCUCCAUCCCCUCCAUGAACAUGGCCUCGAGCAUGGUGCCCUCAGCGGUGGCCGGGGUUCCCACUACGGGGCUCAACAACCUGGGCAACCUCAACAACCUCAACAGCCCCACGGCGCUCAACUCGGUAGCGGUGACCGCGGCCACGUGCCCCUACGCCACCGCGGCCGGCCCCUACAUGUACAGAGACACCUGCAACUCCAGCCUGGCCAGCCUGCGGCUCAAGGCCAAGCAGCACACCAACUUUGCUUAUCCGGCGGCGCAGAACCCCGUGUCCAACCUGAGCCCCUGCCAAUAUGCUGUGGACCGGCCGGUAUGA